AUGUUCAACUCCGACGCGCGGAGUUCGGCGACUCCAGGAGGAAAGUCAGAGUUACGUGGUGAUGGUGCCAUUCGACGCAAGAAUCCGCUUGGUUCAACAAUUGAGCAAACUUAUGCAGGUGCUUUAUCAUUUCUUCGACGAAACUAUACGCGUGAUUUGACGAAUGUUGAUGUUGCUAUCACCGGAAUUCCGCUUGAUUUAGCAACUACUUAUCGGCCGGGUGCUCGAUUUGGACCUCAAGGCAUUCGAGAGGCAUCGGCACAAGCGGGAAAAAGAAAAUCUUAUCCUGAAGGAAUCGAUAUUUUUGCUGAUCUAGCCGUUGUUGAUUAUGGCGACUGUUGGUUUGAUCUUGGUCAACCUCAUACAAUACCAAGGGCUAUUGAGACUCAUGCAAAAGAAAUUAUUGAUCAGAAUGUCUUUCUUCUGUCACUUGGUGGUGAUCACUAUGUAACAUAUCCAUUAUUAAAGGCUCAUGUUUCGCGUCAUGGCAAACCCUUGUCGCUAAUUCAAUUCGAUGCACAUUGUGAUACAUGGCCAGACAAAAAUCCACACAGUCUCAAUCAUGGUUCAAUGUUCUAUUAUGCUGUUUCUGAAGGUCUAAUUGAUCCUCAUACGUCAAUACAAGUUGGAAUUCGUACCUUCAAUGAUGACUUUAUGGGUGUAAAAAUUCUUGACGCUGAAUGGGUACAUCAACAUUCUAGUACGGAUGUUGCGGAAGAAAUUCGAAAUCGAGUCGGAAAUAAUCCAACUUAUCUAACGUUCGAUAUCGAUUGUCUCGACCCAGCGUUUGCUCCUGGUACCGGCACACCAGUAUGUGGAGGCCUAACAAUGGCACAAUCGAUUGCUAUUCUACGGCAGUUAGGCUCAAUCAAUUAUGUUGGAAUGGAUAUUGUUGAAGUAUCUCCACCAUAUGAUCAAUCAAAUAUAACAGGUCUAGCUGCAGCAACUCUAGGCUAUCGAUUUCUAUGCUUACUUCGAAAUAAGAAAAUCAUUGAUAACGCAUUUCCAUUUGGAAAUUAUAAAAAAUAA